GGACCUCUCCCCAGUUCUGUAAGCCCCUGAGGAGAGAGGGAGGCCUUCCUCUCCAUGCUCCUUUUGCGGGAACUCCCUGGCACCAAAACCAGAGGGGACAGGACGGUCUCUGAGGAGGAUGGGACAGUAGGGGGCCUGGACCGGAGAAGUUACAGCCCCUUCCUAGACAGCCCCUCCCUGCCCCUCAGCACAGCCUCAACCAAGACGUUCCCCACCUUUGAUCACCAUUCCAAGUAGGAGAAACUGGCCCAGGGCUUCCUUACAGCAGAGAAGCGUGAGCUGGCCAUGACGGAAGAGGUAUGGAUGGGCACCUGGAGGCCCCAUCGCCCCCGGGGGCCCAUCAUGGCCCUCUACAGCAGCCCUGGACCCAAGUACCUGAUUCCACCAACAACAGGCUUCAUGAAGCACACGCCCACCAAGCUACGCGCACCAGCCUACAGCUUCCGUGGGGCCCCCAUGCUCCUGGCAGAGAACUGCUCCCCGGGGCCCCGCUACAAUGUAAACCCCAAGAUACUGAGGACUGGCAAGGACCUUGGCCCUGCCUACUCCAUCCUGGGGCGCUACCACACCAAAACCAUGCUGACCCCUGGCCCAGGUGACUACUUUCCAGAGAAAUCCACCAAGUUCGUGUUCGACUCAGCACCCAGCCACUCCAUCUCUGCUCGGACAAAGACGUUCCGUGUGGACAGCACCCCAGGCCCCGCGGCGUACAUGCUGCCCGUGGUGAUGGGGCCCCACACCGUCGGGAAGGUCUCCCAGCCCUCCUUUUCCAUCAAGGGCCGCAGCAAGCUGGGCGGCUUCAGCGAUGACCUACACAAGACCCCAGGUCCUGCAGCCUACCGCCAAACUGACAUGCAGGUGACCAAAUUCAAGGCUCCACAGUACACCAUGGCUGCCCGUGUAGAGCCUCCAGGGGACAAGACCCUCAAGCCAGGACCAGGCGCCCACAGCCCUGAGAAGGUGACCCUGACCAAGCCCUGCGCCCCCAUUGUCACCUUCGGCAUCAAACACUCUGAUUACAUGACACCCCUGGUGGUGGAUGUGGAAUAGCCCGGCCCUACUGUGCCGCAUCACGCCCGACAUCUGCACAAGAUUCACUGGGCCACGGAGCUCGAGGCUGUCUUCACCCGCUGGGCUGCGCUGGCCGGCCCCGCAGGGCAGAGCACGCUUGUUUGGAUGAUUGUAACCAGUUAUUUUUUCCUACUCUAUUUUACCAUUUGCCGUCUUGUUUUCUGCUGUGCCCAAAGUAUUUAAUAAAUCAGAUUGCAUUAA